AGUAAUAUUUACCUUGAUGUAGAUAGAUAUUUGCCGCAUUGGAUCCACAUUGAAGGCUGCCUAUGUUGCCCAAACACAUCAGAUUUCCUAUCCGCACCAUUUUUCUCCUGAUCAUAUUCUUUAUCAUCCUGAUGUACUGCAGCUUUCUCUUCCUCAAAAGUUUUAACGUGAUGCUCAGCAAGCCCCGUCCAUCCAUUCUACCGAAGCUUGAUUAUGGAUAUCUGAGUACUUCAAACGAGACAAGUGAAAGGUUGCAUCCUAAUAAAAUAUUAAAAAUUAUGCAGCGGAUCCAUAAAGCAAACAAACAGCAAUUGAUCCUUAACAAAAAUAAAUAUGGCCCUCUGGAAAAUGACUCGGUAGUUAUUGUUAUUCAAGUGCACAAGCGAAUUAACUACCUAAAGUACUUAGUAAACAGUCUUUCCCAUGCCAAGGAUAUUUACAAAGUAUUGCUUGUAUUUUCACACGAUGUCUACGAAAAAGAGAUCAACGAUUUUGUGCAAGCGAUUGACUUUUGCAAGGUGAUUCAGAUAUUCUAUCCACAUUCUUUACAAACUCAUCCACAUACGUUUCCUGGCAAGGAUCCCAACGACUGCCCACGAAACAUUACAAAAGAUAAAGCUCUCAUCAAAAAGUGCAAUAAUGCUUUGUAUUCAGAUCUUUAUGGUCAUUAUAGAGAGGCAAACUUUACACAGGCGAAGCACCACUGGUGGUGGAAAGCGAAUUACGUCUUUCAUGAACUUAGAGCUACCAGAUACCAUACAGGUCUUAUGUUGUUCUUGGAGGAAGAUCACUUCGUGUCCGAAGACUUUUUACAUGUCUUGAUGCUGAUGCAAGCGAGUACCGAAAACUUGUGUGCACAUUGCAAUAUUUUGUGUCUCGGCAAUUACCUGAACGAAUUUACAGCUAAAUCGUACCGCGCAAAGGCUGAAUGCUCGAAUUUUGACGCCUCUCACAACAUGGGCUUAGCCUUUAAUCGAACAACCUGGUCGCUCAUCAAAAACUGUGCCCAAGCCUUUUGCUCGCACGAUGAUUAUAAUUACGACUGGUCUUUACUGCACGUAUCUGAAAAAUGCCUGGAAAGGAAGUUUACUGUGUUGUCAAUCGCAGGUCCGCGAGUCUUCCACAUAGGAAGUUGUGGCCUUCACCAAAAAAGCAAGGACUGUGAGUCCAGUCAAUUGAUUUCCAAAAUAAAGCAAGUGCUUCACUUAGCAUUCCAUUUUGGCCAGCUUUAUCCACCGCGGCUAAAAAUCACAGAAUCAAUUCUGGAAGUUAAAAAAAAGAAGCCCAACAAUUUUCAAACCAACGGUGGGUGGAGGGAUCCCCGCGAUCAUCAACUGUGUCUAAGCAUGACGUUACCUCUAAAUUCAGAGGGUAUAUUAAAUUCCAGUUACCAAAGCAAUAAAACAGGCAUUAAAAUCGUUUGAGGAUUCAAAUAAAGCGUC